UUUUUGGGUGUGACCACACUGAGUAUUGAUAGGUUCUUGGCUGUCUAUCUCCACCUUCGAUACCAAGAAUUUGUGACUAACAAUCGUGUUGUUUCUGUAGUGAUUUCCAACUGGGUGUUGAGUGCUAUUGUCUCCACGAUAGUUGCCGUGCGGAUUCCUCAGAGGAUUCCGUACAUGAUUCUUGGCGCUCUAGGAAUAUUUUGUGUUCUCUCUAUAGCUUUUCUGUAUUUCAAGAUCUACUUAUGUGUGCGACACCAUCAGAAACAAAUACGUUGUCUACAAGUACAACAGGAGGCUGCAAAUGUUGCAAACGUCAAAAAAUCAGCGACUGGCUCUUUUUACGUAUAUCUAGUGUUUUCUCUUUGCUAUUUGCCUCAGUUCUCCAGUUUUGUUAUUAUUGCAGUGAUGGGAUUCAACACAGCUGUAAAGACAUUCUCGAUUUCUGCCAUAACUUUCGUAUUUCUCAAUUCGUCCUUGAACCCUUUUGUGUACUGCUGGAAGAUGAGGCACAUUCGGCAUGCUAUAAUGGACACACUAGAGAAUCUUUGCCAACAUAAUUGUCAUAUCCAGUCUAGGGGGGAAAAUGUGUAAAGAAAGAAACGCGGAUAAUGAACUAUUGUGUCAAAAAUUCAGUCAUGAAGUAUCUUUCUUUAACUAUAAAGAAAGUGUGAAGGUCCAGGACGAAUAGAACUAGUCCGCAAUGUUAUCCACAAUUUACCUAAAUAGUUACAAAUCAAAGGGAUAAAGGGGGCAGGUUUCUAAAGAAUCUCGGUGCUACGUCGAUGGGAGAGCAUAGCAUAAUGAUUUGGUUUUAUCAGCUGAGUUGAUACUGUAAAAUUGGCCGCCGUAAAGAGUUUCUAAAGCUGACGUUUUGAGCGAUGGGCACGACCAACUUGUUCCUCUUCAUAUUAAGGAUUCAAAUUGAUUAACGAAUCACCUGCUUGCAUUCACUCUAAUUUUUCACCUGUUUCAUUUUGGCAAACUGUUCAUCAGCAUUAGUACUUUAUGAAAAAAUGCUGUAUUUUACGUAGCUUAUAUGGGAAUAUAUACUUGAUAAGUAAUGGUUAUAAGACUGAGUGGAGUCCAAUUCGGUCUGCAAUCAUACGAGUGAUAACUAAAUCGUGCGGUCGUCCGAUUUGUUUAUCACAGACCGGAUUGGACGACACGAACACAAUUGGCUUAUUGAACUGUCUAAUGACAAACUGUCCGAAGCAACUUGGCAAGUGAAUAAGUUGAAAAAAGGAGUUUUUUAAACCAAUCACAAUCGAGGAAAUUGCAAUUUUUUAUGAUUAAUAGUGAAAUGUGGGUUUGAGUCGUAAUAGUGUUGGCAAAAUAUGUCGCUCAAAAUGUUUAGAAAGAUUGACAGCUUGUAAUUCAGAGAAUAUUGUUUGCAUUAUUAGCGGAACUGGGAUAUUAAGAAUCGUUUGAUAAAAAAGGCAAGCUUUACUUAACGUUCUCCAAUUGAGCACUUGUCAUGAACCAAUCAGAGACCAAGUGUUUUGUAUAGUUUAUAAUAAAAAUGAUUAAAUGCUCAUUGAAGCACGUUUAACGAGGUCAAUCUGUAAAUUUGAAAUCAAUUUUUUUUAGAUUCUAAUUGCAUAUAAAUGGAGAAGAAAGUGCUAAUACUAUAGUAUUCCUGCAAACACCUAUAGGGCAACUUGUGGAAGUACUGUUAUGAGAUUAUACAGUUUUGCAGUUUUCGGAAAUCACUCUCUGUGCAACGGACACUCAGAAAAUUAACGAAUGAUAAUUUAGUGAACGAACACCUGAUAAAAUCAUCCAAGAUAGGACAUGAAAAAUCCACUCUGUAACGAGUUUUUGUUAAUACAGCCCUUAACAGCUGAGGUUGACGGCUUGUAUUCAUGGUUCAUCGCUAACUGUGUGUUAAACAUUUUUCUGUCCGUUACCGCUAUCAUCUUCAACGUGGUGACAAUCCAAGCAUUGAGAAGAACUUUAUCGUUGCCAGAAACUCUAAAAACACUUCUCAUGAGCCUGGCUAUCUCUGAUCUUGGUGUUGGCUUUCUUGUUCAGCCAUUACUUGUCGUGUUGCUGUUCAACUGGUUUCGAAUGAGUGUUGAAAACAGUUCGACUUGUGCGGUAUAUACCGCAUAUACGCUUUUCGGAACUUUGCAUUCGUCGGCCUCGUUUUUCGGUGUUAUGGCCCUGAGUGCUGACAGAUUUUUGGCCAUUCACCUUCAUCUCAGAUAUAAGGAACUUCUGACUCCUAGGCGUGUUGUUUUCACUGUGGUUGUAUUGUGGGUAUUUUGUGCAAUUCUUUCUCUAGGGAGAUUAUUUAUCCGUUCGAGUAUUGCGGGAGCAGUUCUCGCCAGCGUGGGUGUCAUAUGUCUCCUGGUCUCAGCCAUACUUUAUUGCAAGAUUUACUUAGCCGUGCAACGUCAUAGAAAACAAAUUCAGACUCUACAGAUACAACCAAAAACAGCGAACGCCGAAAUGACUGCAAAUGUUGUAAGUGGCAGAAAGGCAGCAAUCGGUACAUUCCACGUCUAUCUGGUGUUUUUGAUCUGCUACUUGCCAUUGCUUUGUAUCUUUGCUGCCACGCCAAAUUCUGGCCGAACAAACGCCACUUUGCAGGAAAAAAAGUUUGCGAUGUGUUCAUGGACCUUGGUAUUUCUAAAUUCAUCCCUGAACCCUUCUAUUUACUGCUGGAAGAUGAGACACAUUCGACGCGCCAUUAAAGACACACUGCGAAGUGUCAUACCCAGUUACAGCUGAAGCAAACUUGUGAUGCACAGGCACAAGACUGUGUGGGAAAAACAUGAAAAGAUCAUUUUGGAAAUGGUUAGAAGUAACGUCAAUUGAUCGCUUAGCUACACAGAAAGAUUAUCUCAGUACUUAAGUCAAUCAGUCCCUCAAGAUUUCAUCGUAGUAUUACUGUUAAUCUAGCGGAGAAAAAGUAUCUCUCAAUUUUCCAAAAACAUUGAAGAAAUUUGUAAUUCCUUUCACUGUGUUCAAAAUUGACGCAAAUAUUUUAACAUUUGUUUUUAAAAAAACUGAUGGAAGCAGGUCAAGAAAUUUCAUGUUUUGUCUUACGCCCUAGGCAUAAUCUGCAUACACCUGUUUUGUUUUGUUUUUCACCUUAAUAUACCGAUAGCUAGGGUGCAUGGAAAACACACAGUUAUUUCUGCAUAGUUAAUAAUCUCAUUGAUGCUAUAGAUGAAUUAAAAAAGUGACAGCGUCGUUAAGUGAAAAGUAUAAUUAAUAAAAUUUUUAGUUCAUCUACCUGGAGACUUUUUAUUACUCCUGUCUCGUUUUUGGCAGAUUAUUUGAUAAAGCAGGAUAGUGCAACAUAAUUUGUUUUUGUCAUUUUCUCUUCUGAAACAACCUCAUCGUUAUUAGGAGUGAAAUAAAAACCUCUCUUUGUUUAAUUUUGGUAGUUUUUAUCCAACGUAGUCACAAAAGUGAAUUUCUGAAGAAUCUUCGAAAGCUAUUUUCGAGACUGAUGUUUUCAAAUUACAAUGAAGUCAAUCGCGAUUUCAAGCUGAGAUCCAUUUAAAUUAAAAGAGUAGACCUCUGGAAAAUGAAACGGAAGUUAAGCGCAAUUCAUUGAUGAUCUCAUAGAAUUGUAGAUUGAAAUAAAAAUUUCUACAGAUUUGUUUACUAAGAAACUGAAACCCAUGUUGAAAAAUGAAAAGCUAGCAGGGAAAGAGUAGUAUUACAAAAAUUUUCAUGCCUUCGAAAAUAAUGUAAGAUCAUGAAGAAUCCACUUUGUGACGAGCUCAUGCUUCUUCAGCCAACGAGAACUGAUGCGCAAGACUUAUAUUUAUGUUACAUUGCCAACUGUACUUUAAACGCUUUACUUAUCAUCACUGCCAUCAUAUUUAAUAGCGUCUUAAUCCAAGCACUAAGAAGGACUUCUUCUUUGUCAAAACCUCUGAGGACGUUUCUUUUCAGCCUGGCUGUCUCGGACCUCGGGGUUGGUUUGAUGGCACAACCUUUAUAUCUUCUUUUGCUCGUCAGAUGGCUACAGAAGAACACUGAAUACCAUCCGAGUUGUGCCUUGUAUACCGCGUAUGCGCUUAUAGGCAUUUUAUUUUCUGUGUCUUCAUUUUUCGGCCUCAUGGCUCUGAGUGCAGACAGAUUUCUGGCCAUUCAUCUUCAUCUCAGGUACAGGAAGUGUGUAACUCGCAAGCGUGUUGUCUUUGGAGUGGUAGCCUUGUGGGUUUUGAGUAUAAUUCUCUCGCUGUUCAUGCUGUGGGUGUCGCCGAAUGUUGCCACCGUAGUUCACACCACUGUCUGCAUUGCUUGUCUGUCGGUCUCAACAGUGUUUUAUUCCAAAAUUUACCUAACUGUACGAUGCCACAAAAAUCAAAUCCGAGUUCUACAGGUACAAAAACAAGAACAGGAUGUAGAAGCAACGGCCACAGAUCUAAUUAGUCGCAGAAAGUCAGCGAUAGGCACAUUCUACGUUUAUCUGAUGUUUUUUAUUUGCUACGUGCCUCUAGCAUGUACCUUUGCAGUCACGCUCGUAUUUGACUCAAGCAGCGCCAUAAAAAUAUCUACAAUUUCUUCAUGGACUCUGGUAUUCUUCAAUUCGUCUUUGAACCCCGUUAUUUACUGCUGGAAGAUGAGGCACCUUAGACAUGCAAUUAUUAACAUGCUCCGAAAUUUUAUUCCAAACCACGGAAGACGGGAGAUGCGCAUCCCAGUAAGACAGCGCGUAUGCAUAACGGAGUGACUUUUUCCAGCAAUGUUAAAAGUCAGCGAUAUUUGUUGACACACUUCAUUGUGAAAGAAAAAGAGGGAUUGCACAUAUUUAAGUUUAAUAUAAAAUAUUAUUUAAACCAUAUUUUUUCGUGUAACAUUUUCGUCGCUUUACCUGGGAAUAUCUCCCAAAUUAACCGGGUCGAUGGAUAUCGACGAACUUGCGUGUCAUAGAAAAAUAAUUGUGUAAUUUUUGAUCAGGGCGUUUUUCCAAUCCACUAAGAACAGAAACGAGAUCGAACACUUUAAAAAAUUACGUAAAGCUACUUACUAGAGUGAGCAGAGCUGAGAAAGAGCCUUUUAAAAAUUACAGUAAACUAUGGCAGCUUGUUUAUUGAUCCUACUCGAAAAUUACAAAUUAGUCAUAAUCUCGUUCGAUACAUCUCGCUGCUCGCACGCACGCAUUCAGUAGGACCGCCACGGCUGCCUGUUCGAUUAACAGUAGUAAAAAAUGUAUGCUGUUUUAUUAACUCCACUGUAAGUAUAAGUAAGUCAGUUGACAGUAGGAACAUCAAUCAUCCAACAUAGUCAACAGCGAAGGAAGCAACUGAUACAUUACUUGACAAAUAAUACUAUAGAGUUGUUGAGUAAUAUCAACUGAGUUGAUGACGUAAAUUGGCCACGUUCGCGUUCGCCCUUGCGAUGACGAAGGACUAACGCUCGAAACAUCAGCUUUGAAACUCUUUACGGUGACCAAUUUACGUUAUCAACUCAGUUAACAAUACUAAAUUGCCCUGUUAUACUCUUCCACCGACGCAGCACCACAGUUUCUUUGGAAACUUGCCCCCUUCAGAUACUAUUUUACUCUGAUUUAGAUUUAAAGCUAAAUUUUGCAGGUGUUAAACAUUAUCUAGUGGGCAAAGAUAUGAGCUUGAAAAUUUUUUUCUGACGAUGCACAAACUUUUGGUUCUUAUCUGUAAGGUACUGCUGCUGUACACAAAACUCGAGAGGUGAAGCUCUCAGUGUCUGUCAAUAAAAAUAUAUAAUGGACUUUCGUGGGUAAACUAGAUUGUUUGAUUAAAACGAAAGAUGAGUGUUUCCAAAGAUGGCCGAACCCACUACUUUCAAUAUGUUCUACGAAUGCGUUAUCCCUGAGCUCUAAAAGGCUUGCUGUAAGUUGGCCAUUAAAAUGAAAAAAAAGGAAGCCGGAAAUUGAUAGCUGUACAGCUUGUGCGCUUCAUCAACUGACAUCCACCCCUUACGGCAAACAGAUGUCUUCUCUGGGGUUUGAUUGGUUCGAUAUGAAUAUUCAGCUAUAAAACAUUGUAUGCAAAAUCUGAACACUACUCUGUGCACUUACUUUUUGUAUCACCUCAGGCUAAAUUUUCAAUUAUGACUAAUUGAGCCCGAAUUUUUGUUGUUAACACUUCCUUCCAUCUGAGAACUUAAGAGUAUUUAACACCAUAGAACAUCUGCUAUUGUCAGUUAAGAAUCAUUUGGGGAUUAUCAUGAAGAAUAAACUCUGCCAUGAGCUCUUGGGGCUGCAACCGGUAAGAUCUGAGGUUAAGGAUUUAUAUUCAUGGUACGUUGCCUAUUGUGUUAUAAACGCUUUACUGUCCGUUACCGCCAUCAUGUUUAACAGCGUCACAAUACAUGCGUUAAGAAGAACUUCAUCGUUAUCAAAACCUCUAAAAACACUUCUUAUGAGUUUAGCCAUUUCGGACCUUGGAGUUGGUUUACUGGUUCAUCCUCUAUGCAUCGUGUUGCUAAUCACAUUUUUACAGCCGGACCCUAAGGGCGGCCCGUCUUGUUCCAUAUACACCGCGUUUUCGCUCUCUGGGAUUUUAUUUUCUUCGGCUUCGUUUUUCGGUGUCAUGGCCCUAAGUGCAGACCGAUUUCUAGCCAUUCAGGUUCACCUCAGGUACAAUGAGCUUGUGACUCACAAGUAUGUAGUUUCUUUAGUGAUCUCCGUAUGGUUUCUGUGUGCAACUUUUUUUCCAUUGAAAGUAUUAGCAUCGUCGACGAUUUCUGGCGCAGUUCUUGCUUUUAUUGGCAUCGUUUGCCUCAUACUGUCGGGGAUGUUCUACUGCAAGAUAUAUUUAACCGUGAUCCGCCACCAAAAUCAAAUAAAAGUCCAACAACCAGCAAAUGGCGAGAUGGUCACAAAUUUUGCUAGAGGCAGAAAAUCAGCGGUCUGCACAUUUUAUGUCUAUCUCGUGUUUCUGAUCUGUUACUUGCCGUUACUUUGCAUUUUUGCUGUGUCACCAGAUUCUUGUCGAUCAAACGCCACUUUCAAGAUAUCUGUGGUAUCUUCAUGGACUCUGGUAUUUCUAAACUCGUCAAUAAACCCUCUAAUUUACUGUUGGAAGAUAAAGCACGUUCGACGGGCUGUGAUAAGCAUUCUGCGAAAUUUAUCUCCAACUCACAUCUGAGGAGAUCGAUUUGAAAACGAUAUGCAAAAAGACACCAGAUUAGGGAUUGGGGAAUACUCCAGACCAAGAAAACCACCAUUUUCCAGCCUAGCCCUUAGACUUGCAUUAGCGCCCAAGUCAAGAAUUGUUAAAACUCAUUAGAAAUUUAUCUCGAUUGACGAAUGUGUUGGUUACUGCUCUUUCUUUUUUAUUGUUUGGAGUGUAAAAGACAGGUACGCGUAUACGCGACCGUAGUUUCCUUGAAAACCAUGGCGAAUUUAAGACCUUAUUAGUGUUAAGGAUUAAUUAUACAGUUGUCAGUAGAAUUGUAAAAGAGUGAUUAGACAAAUGCAAUUAGCUUUAAACUCGGAAGUUAGUAAGAAAGUCGUAUUCUUGUCAUAAACAUCACUCGGGUCGCGCAUGCGCACAUUUGAUCAAACAUGUUCGAUAGAAUCUUCGCGCACCUCACUCUCAAAUUUCUGCGCGACUCGCUGAUAUCAAUUUUUCUUUCGACAAUCUUUUUUUUUUUUUUAACUCGUGCGACGGACUUCGCCGAAAAGCAGGGUGCGAAGUCUAAUAAAAUUGAAACUGGCAUUAGAGAGUGACUUAUCAACUCCAUUUUGACUCAGUUACAGCUGGAAUAUCAAACAUCCAAUCAUAAAUGACCAAUCAGGAAAUUGCGGAGAAAUGACUCGAAGGUUAUUUUUUUAGACGCUAGGUUAAAUUUUCAGGUGAGUUUUAAGACUGUCAUCACUUUUUUAAGCCCACUAAGUUUUUAGUAAUUAGACUGAUAAUGACGGCUUCAUAUCUCGUGGCUUUUGUAAAGCAGUAAUACCUUACGCACAAAAUCCAACACGUUAUGCAUUGUCAGAAAAAGAAAAAUUGGACGAUCUUACUCCAGCAUUUUAACUUUGACUUUUAAACUCGAAAGUUAGUAAGAAAGUCGUAUUCUUAUCAUAAACAUCACUCAGGUCGUGCAUGCGCAUAUUUAAUCAAACAUGUUCGAUAGAAUCUUCGUGCACCUCACUUUCAAAGUUCCGCGCGACUGGCUGAUAUCAAUCUUUCUUUCAACGAUGUUAUUUUUUUCGAUUCGCGCGACAGACUUCGCCGAAAAGCAGGACGCGUAGUCUAACAAAAUUGAAAUUCGCAUCAGAGACUGACUUAUCAACUCCAUUUUGACUCACUUACAGCUGGAAUAUCAAACUUACGGAGAGAUGACUCUACAGUUAUAUUUUUAGACGCUCAUCACUUUUUUGAGCCCAUUAAAUAUUUAUUAGUCAGACCGAUAGAGACAGCUUCAUCUCUUCUGGUUUUUUUCUGCAAAGCAGCAAUACCACGUUGUGCAUUGGCAAACAAAAGGACAAAUUGGACGAUUUUACUUCAGCAUUCAAGUUCUUCAAGCAUAAUUGAAUGUUUGUAUUUCUGACAAGACGGAAAAAGGUUUGUUCUUUGCGAGACAGUUUUUGCCGGACACAGCGUACGACAGCGGAAACUUAAUUUAAUCGCCUGGAGAAGCGUGAACUAAGUGCUUUCUAAUUUAAAAUUUUAGCUCGUCAUUUUCGCAGGUUCUCAAUGCAGUCUCUAUUAAACAACCGCUAUAUUUAUCGCUGAGCUCUGGGGAGAGCUAUGUAAUCAUAGUGAAAUUUUGUCUACGGAAAAUUUCUGAGUACAAUCUCUUCCUUUUUUUUAUUUUCACUGGACUGGUGGAAAAUUAGUCAUCCAAUUAGAUGUAAGAGUUAAAGGAAAUAAUUGUAGAACAUAUGCAAAAACAUAUUAGUCUUUCGGAAACUUGAUCCUUUCAGAUUGUUUGCUCAAAUAUUAUGAAAUUAAGUGGAAGAUGACGUCUUGGUUAGCGGUGAAGACAUAACCUGAAAAAAAUGAAAUUUCUAUUACUGUAUUACCAAGCACUGACCGACUUAUCUUAUAUCCUUAAGCUUAGGAUCAUGCUUCUGUGAAAAUAACUCUGAGGCAGAUUUACAGAUGGAGAUCGUAUGCUCUACACAAAUUUUUAUCUGGAAACAGAUGUCUUUUUUCCAGGAUUUUAUUGGCUACAUAUUGAAGGAUGGAUACAGAUUAAUUUUCCACUAUGAGUCUGUUUACAGUUGGAACAUAAUUGAUCGCAUUUUGAAUAAGAUAUCGAUGGAAAUUAAGAUGUUCCCGUUGCAAGCGUUUAGUAUUUUUAUGGCAAUCGUCGUGGGCGUAAGAAUUGUUUUCGACGUAAACGGUACACAAUUUUUUUAUCAUUAAUGAUUUAUUAGUUGUGAGACCAAGAGGAACGAGCCACUAACAGUGGUUCAUAAUUGUCAAAGCGUUUUAUAACAUAUGGUUUUAUUCCUCUGUUUGGUCUCGAUGACUCCAUAUUUGGACCAAAUUAGAACACAAUUCUGUUUUCUUGCAUUUUUGACCGCCAUAGGCUAUGUAAUAGCUCUUUCAGAAUUGUGCGGGAAUUCUUUUUAAUCUCUUCCUGUUUGCCGGUAAGUUUGGGAUAUCAAAGUUCAAGAACAUCUACCAUUGUUGAUCUGGCCGAGAACAUCAUGAAAACUCCACUUUGCGACGAGCAGUUACGAUUUCAGCCCGCAAGUAUUGAAGACGAAUCGUUAAAUUCGUGGCACAUUGCAAAUUGUGUCUUAAACGCUUUGUUAUCGAUCACUGCCGUCAUAUUUAACAGUGUCACAAUCCAAGCACUGAGAAGGCCUUCUUCGCUGUCAAACACUCUGAAAACGCUUCUUUUAAGUGCAGCUGUCUCUGAUCUUGGAGUUGGUCUAUUGGUUCAUCCCUUACAUGUCUUGUUGUUAGUCAAAUGGUUGCAGUUGAACUCUGGAGGCGGCCCGACUUGUUCAACGUACGCUGCAUUUAUUGUCUCAGGGAUCUUAUUUUCUUCAGCCUCGUUUUUCGGUGUCAUGGCUUUGAGUGCAGACAGAUUUCUGGCCAUUCAUCUUCAUCUCAGAUACUCUGAGCUCGUGACCCACAGGCGUGUUGUUUUUGCAGUGGUAUCCAGCUGGGUCAUCUGUGUAGUUCUUUCCAUAAUCAGAUUCUGUGUCACUUCAAUUACCGCCAUAGGAAUUGUAACUGUUGUUGGAAUUGCCUGUCUUGUCGCCUCGGCAGUGUUUUAUUGCAAGAUCUAUUUAGCUGUGCGACGCCACAAAAAACAAAUUCAAACUCUACAAGUACAACGACAAGAAAAUACCGAAAUGGUCGCAAAUCUUGCGAGUGGUAAAAAAUCAGCGGUCGGUACAUUCUACGUAUUUCUCGUGUUUUUGAUGUGCUACUUGCCGAUGUUUUGUAUUUUUGCCGCCAGACCAAUUUCUUCCGGAUCAAAGGGAACCUUUGGAAUAGUUUUUUUCUUUACGUGGACUUUGGUAUUGCUUAACUCAACAUUGAAUCCAGUUAUUUACUUCUGGAAGAUGAGGCAAAUUCGACGUGCUAUUAUGAACAUACAACGGAAUACAUUUCCAAUUCGUAGAAGAAGCACUCCAUUCUAUCCCAACGCGCAAACAACGGUUACAUCAGCUGCUUUUCACUUGUAGACCGUCAGGGCUAUCAGUAAAGCAGAGUAUGAGAGACAACACACUGUCACACAUUAAAAUGCAGGUUUAAUACCAACAUUGUAUCAUCACUUUACCUUGAGGGAAGAUGUCCAUAAAUAACAAGGGACUUACUGUUUCUUGUUAGUCGUUUUGAGAACAAAUGCUUAGAAAGAUCAUCUUUGUUGAUACUUAUUUAAGACAGAUUCUGGACGGGACAUUUCGAAAAAGCAAUACAUACAUAUUUGUUCUCACAAAACCCUGAAACUGCAUAUUUAACCCGCAUGAUCUAAAAUCACAGAAAAUCCUUUGGUGUUCUCGAAUUGUAAAACGGAGACUUGUGCAUCGCCGAUUGUAUUUUUAAGGCUUUCACUGCCUAGUUAUACUUGAGAGCACCUCAUUCCUCAGAACAAGAAAUGGAGGAUUGGCAGUGGGGAUAUUCUGAGUUAACAAUGUAUAUUUAAUUGCCAUAGGUGCGACUGGCAUGUAUCGUUUUUGGCUAUUUUUUAUUUUGGCCCAGACUGUUUCAAAGAUUUCUAAAUUGCCAGUCUAUUCUCUAUAAAGGGGGUAAGUUUCUAAAGAAACUUUGGUGCUGCGUCGGUGGGAGAGUAUAACAGGGUAAUUUGGUAUAAUCAACUGAGUUGAUAACCUAAAUUGGCCACCGUAAAGUGUUUAAAAGUGGACGUUUCGAGCGUUUGUCCCGCGUUAUUCGCUCUGAAUUUGUUAUUGGAUCAACUAUUAAUCUCCUAAUCGAUUAUUUGUCUUUGUUCUCAUCACUUGUAUGCUUGGCAUUGUACCAACAUUGUAAAUAGAAAUUCUGUCGUGGGCGCUUGUAGGUGUUAAAAGAUAAGAUGGAGGACGUCAUGAAUUUAAAACACUGACCCACAGUCGAGCGUUCAUCUAUCGUGACGUUGUAUAUUAUAUUGUUCCUAUGUCUUUUUUCUACACUUGAACAUUUUUCAGUGCUUUCAAACUCGGGUUAAAAAUCGAAGCUUUGGACUUUUGAUUAGUGUGGAUUCGUUCUGCUUAAUUUAGAGAGGUUCCUUGUAGCUUUGCCUCAGGGUCAUUUAAAUGGAAUAUUUUUUGUCUUCAAUUUACUUUUCAUGGAUGUAGAGCGCGUGUGCGGCAUCAACUAAAUUCGCCAUCGGCAAACAAUUGUGUUUUCUUGAAUUUAAUUCGCGAAAAUUUGACAAUUGGAACAUAACUUGUCGUGUUUGAAGUUAAAAAAACGGAGGAAAUUAUCAUAUUCAGCUUUGAUGCAUAUAAUUUAUUAUUCAUACUCAAACGCUGAAGUCGAGUGAGACAGUGGGCAGUUUUUUCUCAACUAUGAUCAACUUUCAUGAGAAAUGAGUUAGGCAAGUUAGAUACAAAACUUUCUUAUUGUUUACCACAAUUGCUAAUUCGGGCUAAAUUGCAAGUUACUAUUUCGAUCACCUUAGACAAACUUACAGUGCUUAAAGGAUUACAAGCGGAGCUUCUUAACCACUUUGUUGUUUGAGAGAAAAAUAUUGCGUCUGACGGGAACCUGAUAAAAAUUUAAGAUAAGAGAACAUCUGGUACUGUUGUGAGUCAUCCGCUCUGUGAUGAGCUUUUGCUAUUCUGGUCUGCUGGAAAUGAGGACGAAUCGUUAAAUGCGCUGUGUUUUGGCAAUUGCUUCAUUGGUUGAAGUCGUUAAAAGGUUACUCUAGCUUUAAUUAAUGCUUAAACAGGACAAAUGCAUGACUAGCCCUAAUGGUUCUAUUAGCACCAUCAAAUUUAACAGCGUCACACUCCAAGUGCUGAGAAGAACGUCGUUCUCGUCAAAAACUCUAAAGACACUUCUCCUGAGCCUAACUGUCUCUGAUUUUGCUGUUGGUUUACGGGUUCAUCCUUUAUACUUCCUGGUACUAAUAAAAUGGUUACAAAGGAAACCGACGUUUUCAAUUUAUACCGCAAAUAUUCUCAUCAAGAUCUUGUUUUCUUCGGCUUCACUUUACGGUGUUAUGGCCCUCGAUGCAGACAGAUUUCUCAUCAUUCAUCUUCAUCUAAGAUACCAAGAACUUGUAACUCACGACGCGUUGAUUCCUUUGUGAUCUUCGGGUGGUAUUUAGUACCCUUCGUUCGUUAAUAAUAUCAUCAACCCCUAUUGCUUGCGCAGUGUUCACCGCUUCUGGUGUCAUUUGUGUCACAGCUUUUUUUACAACAAGUGCAGCAACCAGGACUGAACGGCGAAAUGACCGCAAAUCUUGCAAGGGAAAGAAAAUCACUACCUACUCACGUUAUAUAUUCAUGCAGCCAGAGCAGGUUCUGGUCCUUCAAGAAGCGCACUUCUAAAGAGAUUUACGCUGUCCUCAUGGACUCUUACAUUAAUCAAUUCAUCCUUGAACCCAGUUAUUUACUGACCUGCUGGAAAAUGAGGCACAUUGGACAAGCCGCGAUGAACGUACUGCGCAAGCGAAAUGUAUUUCAAGUAACAACUGAAGACACGCAAACCAAUGCACUAAAAAAGCUCAAGAAAGAGCAGGCGGCAUUUAGACUUAAUCUUUUACACCCUAACAUCAGUAUGCAUAUUCUCCAUACUGUUCUGUAUACAUUUCCUGAGGUGCUGUCGAGGAGAAUUUGUUUAACAAUCAAAAGCUUCUUUAGUUGGUGAUCAUUUCCUUUAUUCUCGUGACAUUAAUGUGUGACUCAGGGGUGAUAUUGUAAGGAGAAAUUAGAUGGCGGUCACUCUUAGGCAUUAACCCUCUACACCCUAACAUCAGCACAGUCGAACCUCGAUUAUCCGGACUCAUCGGGACCUCGGUAAAUAGUCCGGAUAAUCGAGAGUCCGGAUAAUCGAAAAUAUGAAUAUUAAUGAGAUAGAAAUGUGAGAUAAUUAUCUGCUUAUCUUUAAUCAAUAGAACGGCAAGCUUUCGCUUCGUAGGCAUGUUUUUCAUUUGAGUUUAUGAUCGAUCGCUCGUGUGUUUACAUAACCCACGCAGAAGGAACUAAUCAAGCAUGAAAUUCCCUUGGCAACAAAACAAUUGAGCCAACCAUAUAUCAGCUGAACGCAUCAGAAUACUUCUUUGACUAGUCGCACUUUCGAAUUUUGAAAAGCGCAUAGGAUAAUACGCUGUUUUAACAGUCUUUUGAAAGGAUUAUUGGGCUUUUUGCGACUUUGAGUUUUCAAGAUCACAACUAAUUAAUAUUCAUGGAAAAAUGGGACCAGAGAAGAAAGUCCGGAUAAUCGAAUAGUCCGGAUAAUCGGGGUCCGGAUAAUCGAGGUUCGACUGUAUUCAUAUUCUCCAUAAUGUUCUCUGUACAUUUACUAAGGUGCUGAUAAGGAGAAUUUGUCUAACAAUCAAGAGUUUCUUUAGCUGGUGAUUAUUUCCUUUAUUCUCUAAAUAUUAAUAUGAGUUUUAGUGGUGAUAUUGUAAGGAGAAAUUAGAUGCUAGUCACAUUAAGGGGUUAAAGGAAAGUAAAACGGUUACGUUGACUACAUUCUCCUCGUGACGUGUCUUGCGUUACCGAAUAAUUAUGUAUGAAGCUGCGCCUUUUUGGAUUGCAAGGAAUAGAGGACGUGACUGCAUAUCGCGGGUAUGCAGAAUGAGGAUUGUUUUACCUCAUCCUCCGAACGUUAGUCAGUCAUUAGACAUUCUUGUCAGAGACUUCUCCCAGGUCGUGCAUGCGCGCGCAUUUUUAACAGGCAGCUGUUCAAUCCAAUUUUAAUCAUUAAUAAAUGUUGUUUAGUUCGCUUGAAGUUAUUUGACAGUUGAUGUUAUGAAUCACCCCGUAAAAUAGCCUCUCAUCCUCCUCUUGGCUUUUUUUUUUUGUUAUUGCAAUGAGUUCGAUGUUGUAAAUGAAGCUGGCCGUUCAUGAGGUUGGCGGUAAAAGCCAAAACAAGUUUAAUUUGCGCACGCGACUUCUCAUAACCUCAGGCAGCUUAAAACUGAAAUAAUACUUUCUCGUCCCUUCUAUGAAAAUGUCAGUUAUUUAAACACAUUAGGUUACGAACUAGAAACUAAUUACAAAACAAAAGAAGAAUAAACAAUAAAAUUUGAAAGUAUACCAUAAGAGAUAAUGAGCGAAAGACCAGCAUUGCAUUAUGAGGCUCAAAUUAAUGACACCCAAAACAGAAACACUGACAAAAAAAAAAACCAAGAAAUUAGAAUGUUCUACAAAAUCUCGCACAAUUUGUUGAAACAGUUCUUUUUCAUUUUGUGUUUUUUUGUUCUAUUGAGUACAGCAUCACUCAAUAUAGUUGGGCAAACGCCUUAGGACACUCCGUCAGCAUCUAAAUGUUACUCUGUUAUCUUUAUAUAUCGAGCAAGAUUAUCAUUUCCUGUUCAUACCCAGGUUCUUCCGCUUAAAAAUUUGUUUAAAACUUUUAAGAUAAUUAUUAGAUCUUCUCGCCUUGAGAUAAUAAUCUUUCUGAAUUGAAAAACCAAUGACAUCUUUUGUAGGUAGAGCAGAUAAAUGACACCUGACAUCAGAAGCAAAUAAUUUGUCAAGUUUGUAGAUGAAAUGUAUUCAAAUUGGCGACUCUGAUGUGAUACCAAGCGUCGAACAAGCCUUUUCUGACUCGUGUGAAAAUUUCAACACAGGCAGUUUAAAACCUUUACAAAAUACUUCAUAUAUCACUUGAAGGUUUAAUUUUUGCUAUUCCUUACUUCGAAUUAUCAUGAAAAAUCCUCUUUGUCGUGAACUGUUGCUGUCUUGGCCCACGGGAAAUGAAUACGUCAAGUUAUAUUCAUGGUUCAUUGCCAAUUGCGUCUUCAACUCUUUCUUGUCCAUUACUGCCAUCAUAUUUAACUGUGUCACUAUCAAAGCAGUGACAACAACUUCAUCAUUGCCAAAGACUCUAAGAACACUUCUCCUGAGCCUGGCUGUGUCUGAUCUUGCUGUUGGUUUACUGGCGCAACCCUUAAAUAUCGUUUUGCUCUUCAAAUGGUUACAGAUGAACGCAACAAACGGUCCGACUUGUCCUACUUAUACGGCGUUUAUUUUCAUCGGAAUCCUCUUUUCUGCAGCUUCCUUUUUCGGUGUUAUGGCUCUAAGUGUAGACAGAUUUCUAGCCAUUCAAUUUCAUCUCCGAUACGAGGAGCUUGUGACUCACAAGCGUGUUGUUUCCACAGUGAUCUCCUUAUGGGUGUUCAGUGCCAUCCUUUCUUCUUUUACAGUAUCGUUUUCUUGGAAUACUACCAGCGCAAUUUUUGCCCCAAUUGGCGUUUCUUGUCUUGUGAUCUCCGCAGUACUGUAUUGCAAGAUUUGUUUCGUCGUGCGACGCCACAAAAGUCAAAUUCAUGUUGCGCAAAUACAACAAGUGGAGCAAGAUACAGAGGCUGUCGCCAAUCUUGCAGUCAGCAGAAAAUCAGCAGCUGGGGCCUUUUAUGUUUAUGUUGUGUUUUUGAUCUGCUAUUUGCCACAAUUUUGUAGUUUUGUUGCAGCUUCCUCAAGCUCAGGACCAAAUACCGCAAUUAAGAUUUUUACUAUGUCUUCAUGGACAGUUGUCUUCCUAAACUCAUCCUUGAACCCAAUUGUUUACUGCUGGAAGAUGAGGCACAUUCGACGCGCUAUCGUAAGCGUUUUGCGAAGUUCAUUUUUAAGACACAAUUAA